GGAUGUUGAGAGAAAAAGGUAUAAAAGCAGAUAGAGAUUUCGUCAAAUCAGAUCCAUUCCACGAUCUGUUGAGUGCUAACACUUGUUGUGAUAAAUCAAGAAAAUGACUCAGAUGAUGCACUUCUGCAUGAAGCUGACCAUGUCUAUGUUGAUGGGACUGAUCCUGUUCAAUUUGAUGGACAUAUCUCCAUUUGCAGAUGCCCAGUCUCCAGUAGACUGCUGUCUUUCAUAUUCAAAGAAACCUUUACCACCAAGACUAAUUGUAGGCUAUGUGAGGCAAUUUGGGAAUGAACUUUGCACUAUUAAUGCAGUCAUAUUUUACACAAGAAAAGGAAGAAGAGUUUGUGCAAAUCCAGAAGAGGUAUGGGUGAACAGGAUUAUCACUGGUUUCCUGAGGAAAGAACUGAAACAGAAAUGAAUGGUUCAGUGACCUUAAUUCCAUGGGCGUAACGAUGUCACCUUUUAAUAAUCACAGGACAUAACCUUGAAAAACAUAUUGCUCAUUUCAACAUGAUGAUCCUAUGCACAUCUCAGCAGUUUCUCAAAAAAAAGUAUUUCAGCUACUAAGUUCUCUAAAAUUAAGUUUAUAUUUCUAACUGUAUUGACUGGCAAAUUGUUACUUACUGUGAAUGCUUGUAAAUUAUGCAGAAAACAAAUGUCCCUCACAGAUCA